UCAGCUGACAGCUCCGGGUCGCUUCUGAUGUUUACUUUCACUGUUUAGUGCGUUAAACCCGUUUUUUGUUAAUGAAUGCAGCGGUAUGCUUCGCCGAGGAGAACCAUGGUAGUCGUGAACUCGGUGCUGAAGCUGUUACAGCGGCAGACGUACACCUGUCUGUCCCACCGGUACGGGCUCUACCUCUGCUUCGGGGGGCUCGUCCUCAUGAUAGUUUCCGCCUUUCAGUUUGGAGAGGUGGUGGUGGAGUGGAGUCGGGACCAGUAUCAUGUGCUGUUUGACUCCUACAGAGACAACGUGGGUGGCAAAUCAUUCCAGAGCAGGCUCUGUCUGCCCAUGCCUAUUGAUGUUGUCUACACAUGGGUGAACGGCACAGACACAGCUCUGCUGAAGGAACUGAAGACGGUCAAAGAGCAACUGGAGGAGGAACAAAAAGCUCUGAGAGAACGCCUGGGGAAAAAUGCAAGUGAGACAACUGAAGUGCCAAAAGAGAGUGUAAAGCCAGAAUGCCUGCUGUCCCGCUGCAUCAUCGCGCCCAUGCUGGCUCUGGACCCCGCUCUGCCGGCCAACAUCACGCUCAAAGAGCUGCCGACGCUCUCGCCCUCCUUCUCUGCUGCCAAAGAGCUGCUGCUGAUGAACAAACCCUUCCACCCGUCCACCACCGUCUCUGUCGCCGUCUUCCAUUCGCAGGCUGAUGCGGAUAAAGCCUAUACAGAUGUGUCUAAAGAGGACCAGAAGUUCUCUGUGUCCAGAUGUUACCUGACGACAGAUAAAGAGGCUCCGGGUCUGAUCCGCAUGCAGUCUCUGGCCUACCUGAGCGGCUUCCCUGCAUCCUAUAAGGAAACGGAGACGCUAAGAGCCAAACUGCCCUCUGCCAUAACUAAGAAAAUCAAACAGUUUGAGCUGUACUCUGAAGCCAGCAUCGCCCUCCUCCACCUGAAGACUCCGCAGGCUUUCACUGAUCUCAGCCAGCAGGCUAAAAAGAACCUGACGCUUGAUGGUAAAGAGUUAACCAUCAGCCCUGGCUACUUGUUCUGGGACCUCACCGCCAUCUCACAGUCCAAACAGGAUGAAGACGUUUCAGCCAGCAGAUUUGAGGAUAACGAGGAGCUCCGCUAUUCGCUGCGCUCCGUGGAGAGACACGCCCCCUGGGUGCGACACAUCUUCAUCGUCACUAACGGGCAGAUUCCCUCCUGGCUCAACCUGGAUAACCCCAGAGUUACAGUUGUCACACAUCAGGAUAUCUUCUUGAACAGCAGCCACCUUCCCACUUUCAGCUCUCCUGCCAUAGAGACCCACAUUCAUCGCAUCCCAGGGCUCUCCCAAAAGUUCAUUUACCUCAACGAUGAUGUGAUGUUUGGCAAAGACGUCUGGCCAGACGACUUCUACAGUCACUCCAAAGGACAGAAGGUGUAUCUCACCUGGCCCGUCCCCAACUGUGCUGAGGGCUGCCCAGGAUCCUGGAUCAAAGAUGGCUACUGUGACAAAGCCUGCAACAACUCUGCGUGUGACUGGGACGGAGGAGACUGCCUCGGUGCGGCGGGGAACAGUCGGUUUGCAGGGGGUGUUGGCGGUGGCGGGCCUGGUGGAGCUGGAGGACAGGUGUGGCAGUUUGCAGGCGGUCUCGGAGGUCUUGGGGGGACGUCGUACUGUAAUCAAGGCUGUGCCAACUCCUGGCUGGCGGACAAGUUCUGUGACCAGGCCUGCAAUGUCCUCUCCUGUGGAUUUGAUGUGGGAGACUGCGGCCAAGAGCACUUUGGCGAGCUGUAUCAUGUGACCCUGCGGAGGAAUCAGAGCCUGUACACCCUCCCAGUAGGCGAAACCAGACCAUAUUUCAGCUUUGACAGAAUCGCCCGCAGAGUCUCCGAGGCCCACGUUAGGGACAACGAAGCACUUCGUCACACCUCCGUCGCCAACAAGUGGAAGACCAUUCACCUGCUGCUCCUUCCGGGCCACAACGCCACACAGAUCCACUACAAUCUCACGUUCCAGAGACAAGACGACACAGAGUUCGCAAUGAGCUUCACUGUAGCUGUCGACACCAGAGAGAUGCCUCAGGUCAACGUGUCCCAGGCUGUGGGCAAAGACGGCGGCAAAGAGCCAAAGCCGACCCCGACGCCAGAGCCGCCGUUCCCCUUCUCAGACAUUCCAGAAGACAAACGGGGUCCUAAGAUCAAGAAGAAGCAGCCGGGUGAACCCGAGGUCGACAUCGAAGUUCCCUCGCUGAAUGUGUCACUUCUACCGGCCGCCGUGCAAAGUGAGCUGCAGAAGCUGGAGGAGAAGCUUCUGAUCGGUGACAUCACCAUGAAGGGUUAUAACCUCACGAAGGCUGAACUUCUUCAGCCUUACAAAACACUGGCUCAGAAACAACAGGACGCAGACUCACAUCCGGCUAACGAGGGUGCAGCCAAGGAAAAGCCAGAUAAAGACUUGGAUGGAGCGCACCUGGAGGGAAAACCAAAUAUCGUUCAGAAAAAUCAAAACUCAGCAAAAGAAACGUCCAGAAAAGAAGCAGCGGUGCAACAAAAACCCGUCCCUCCUUUUACCGCAGUGAAUAUUGACGAUGAGCACAAGAAGGGCUUUGAACCUCCCAAACAAUACAACCUGAAAGCUGCGAUCGAGAGGCCCAUGACUUCCAAACUGCUGAGCAGCCUCUCCAAAACAAAAAGCACAGAGAGUAAAGCAGAACCAGCCGACGCUGCAGGAGGAUCUCCAGUCGGGAGGAGACUCCAACACUUCAUCUCCUCUGACAGAGGCUUCCUGCCGUGGGAGAGGAAGAAAUACUUCCAGGAGCUGCUUGAGGAAGAGGAGCGUCUGCAGAGGGAGUUGUCAUACGAGGCAGACGGUGCCGCCACUGUUCGAAGGCUGCGAGACACUUUUGCAGACUCUUUGCGCUACGUCAACAAGCUGCUCAACGGCCAGUUUGGAUUCACGUCCCGAAAAGUGCCCGCACACAUGCCGCACAUGAUCGACCGUCUCAUCAUGCAGGAGCUGCACGACACUUUCCCAGAGGAGUUUGACAAAACAUCAGCCCAUCGUGUUCGUCACUCAGAGGACAUGCAGUUCGCCUUUUCAUAUUUCUAUUUCCUGAUGAGCGCGCAGCAGCAGCUCAACGUGUCCGAGGUGUUUGACGAGAUCGACACCGACCACUCGGGCGUCCUGUCCGACCGAGAGAUCCGAACUCUGGCCACAAGAAUCAACGACCUGCCCCUCAGCCUGCAGGACCUGACAGGCCUGGAGCAGAUGUUGAUAAACUGCUCAAAGACGCUCCCGACUAACCUGACGCUGCUCCACCUGGUGAACCCAACUCAGGAGGCCUACUAUGACCCUAGCAUGCCUCCCGUGACAAAAGGUCUCGUCCUCCACUGCAAGCCGAUCACAGAACGCAUCCAGAAAGCCUUCAGAGACCAGAAUAAAUACAAGUUUGAGAUCAUGGGGGAGGAGGAGAUCGCUUUCAAAAUGGUGCGGACAAAUGUGUCCCAUGUGGUCGGCCAAUUAGACGACAUUAGAAAGAAUCCCAGGAAGUUCAUCUGUUUGAAUGAUAACAUUGACCACAGCCACAAGGACGCCGCCACAGUGAAAGCUGUGCUGAGAGACUUCUACGAGUCCAUGUUCCCACUGCCGUCCCAGUUUGAGCUGCCCAGAGAGUAUCGCAACAGGUUCCUGCAUAUGGACGAGCUCCAGGAAUGGCGGGUGUAUCGGGACAAACUAAAGUUCUGGACGCACUGUGUCCUUGUGACACUGGUCAUCUUCACCAUCAUGUCCUUCUUUGCCGAACAGCUGAUUCUCCUGAAGCGAAAGCUGUUCCCCAGACGCAGAGUGAACAGAGACAGCAACCCUGAGCGGGUGUGAAAGAAAGGAAAACGUCCCUCUCUUCUCCUUUCUGCACUUCAACAACCCCCCACCCCUUUCUCUCCUGCUCAGUCGAGAGGAUUCAGGGCGGGGGAACUGGGUGGAAACAGGAAUCCGAAGUCCGCGGUGCUUGUGUUGCAUCAGCACAGACGGAAGAUAGAGACUCAAUGUGAGAUGGUGAUGAAACAUUUUCUGGAGGAUGAUGGAUGGGGCUGGCCAGAAAGGAACGGCAGCCAGAAAGAAGAAGCCUGUAAUUCUUCUUUUCCUCCACUGGGGGCGUCUGAGACGUUUGUACCACACACACACACACACACACACACUGACAGAAACGCAAACAAACACUCCCUCCACACUGCACCGCCCUCCUCAUGUCCUGCCCUCACUGUGUCACUGAUGGAUGUGCUGUUAAUGUGUGAAACAUUUGACAACAGCAGGUCGGGACUUGUGUGCAUGUGUGUGCAGCAAGUUUACCAUAAAAUCCACAAACUGUUGUGUUUUAAGCUCAAAUGAUUAGCAGAUUGAUCAAUAAGUAACUAUAUUGAUAAUCGGUUAAUCGUUUGAGUCAUUUUUGAAGGAAAAAUGUGAGUAUGUUCUUUAUUUUAUAUCAUUGUGAGUUGUUUAUCUUUGGGUUUUGGACUGUUUGUCAAACUAAAAAAAAAAAAAAACAUUUUAAGAUGUCUCCAGGGAUGCUGGGAAACUGUGAUAGGCAUUUGUUGUAAUUUUAUUGAAACAUCAGUCAGAAGUUGAAAAGCAUAGGUACUUGCAGCCCUGUUUGUGUGGCUUUUACUGCUAUGGCUUCAUUUUAAGGAAAUGAAGGAAAAACUACAUAUAGGAAGAAUAAAAUAAUUAAUUUGACCCAGUUUCAAAGGCUUAAAGCU